AUGCUCAGAGCACAGUACAAGGUUUGUACAGGCCGGCAGACGCGGCUCCUGCACUCGGCCUACGUGCUGCGAAAAAAAUCCGACUAUGAAGACACCUUUAUUGGCGAGUUUGAACCUCCCUCCACCAAGGCUAGGGGUUCGUUCAAGGACCCGUUUGCUGCAUUCAAGAAAGCCACGAAAGAGCAGGGCGACGAUCCCCUGACAUUUAGCAAGUUCUCUUUCAACGACGACAACCUGGACAGCUCAGAUAUCGGUUUCGACGAUUUCAGCUCCGGAUUUAACAAGACCAACCGAUUCAAAUUCGAUGCCAUGGAGGACGAGACCAAGGCAUUCGACGCGCUUGGCCAAGACGAUCACAACAAUGCCACGUUCGACUGGUCCGGCGGACUCGAUCAAUGGGGAAAGUCUGAUAUGUUCCCCGAAGAGCCUAAGAACCGAUAUGUCAUGCCCCAGAACCUGGAUAUGUCGCCGUUGAGAGGCAACAGCGACCAAAUAAGUACACACGUUAUUCCCCCGUCCGAGUUUGGAGGAGCUCUGGGGAGCUCUGCGCCGUUUGAAAAGAUUUUUGCAAAAGUUAUGGGGGAAGAAGCGGCUACGGAGACAGCAACAGGAGCAGGAACGCCACCAGUGUCGCAUGAGUCUGAGUACGAGUCCCGUGAAACCGCAAACUUGGAUGCUAUCAGACAAGCCAGUGGAGUCGAGCUUUCCUCUAUCAACUCGCCAUAUGUGAAUCUGUUCAACUCUGGUGUUCCUGACAUGUUUGUUGAGAUCUGUGCCGAGCCCGAUAUGGAUGUUCGACAUGAUCGGAUUGAUUCUCUGGAUCUCAAGGAAUGUACCGAGGUGGAAAUUGCUAUGAUGGAGCAACUCAAGAAGCUGAUUCGAUUGGAUUCUGACUACGAUAUUCUUGAGUUCAUGAACAAGCAGCUCGAUGAGAUCGAGGACAUUGGCCAGAGCAGAAAAAACCUCCCCUCUGAACUGCCGCCUGUGGCUGCCGGGUUCCCUCUUCUGCUCAACGAGUCUCUGCAGCUUCUGGUGGAGAAGUUCGAGUCCCCUGCUGACUCCGUGGCUCUGUUUGACGCCGUCAAAACCCGUUCCGGCAACCUCUACUUUGCUACCGUGUCCACAGACGUGUACUUCACUAUGAUCAGGAUUGUGUGGGAGUUCUACCGAGAUCUUUCCACGCUGUCGGUGCUCGCGUCAGACAUUGCGUUGAUGAAUAUCAAAUCUCGAGCCUUGAUCAAGGCAAUGGAGGACAUUGAGCGAGACUGCUACAAGACGUUGGAGUCGCGCAAGCGACGGGUGCCCGAGUAUGAGGAGUCCAUCACUGCGCGGGUGCAUGCCGAGACCCUGCGGCGGUUUUCGCUCAUUAUUAACUACCUGAGACGAGGACUCAGAAUGAAGGACAAUCGGCAGAGAGCGUUCCGAUUGAGAGGAGAAGUUUGUACAUAUUAA